AUGAGCGUCGACGCCGAGAAGGCAUUCGUCUACGUGUCCCGGGUGGCUUCGGUCUUCACCGGAAUCGCCCUGGUCUCGCUGGCCAUCUCGCUGCCCAUGGUGGCCCAGUACGUCUCCGACGUUCACCUUCGCGCCGAGCGCGCCAUGUCUGAUUGCGAGCUCUCUGCCGAGCAGAUCAUGGAGGAGGUGUACGCGUUCCGCGCGCACCCCAACAACGGAACACGCGGAAAGAGGGACACCUACAACCAGGGAGGAUGCAAUGGAUGCUGCCUGCCCGGACCCCAGGGAGCCCCCGGAGCCCCCGGACGCCACGGAAAGCCCGGACGCCCCGGCCCUCAGGGAGCCCCCGGAUUCCCCGGCCGCCCACCAAAGGUCUGCGAGCAGCCCACCCCAGCCCCGUGCACCCCAUGCCCUCAAGGACCUCCCGGACCCCCCGGAACCCCCGGAAACAAGGGAUCACCCGGAUUCCCUGGAGCCCCCGGAGCCCCUGGCGGCCGCUCGUUCCCAGGACCCCCCGGUGCCCCCGGAAAGCCCGGAGCUCCUGGCCGUCGCGGAGAGCCCGGACACCCUGGAGAGCCUGGAGCCCCCGCUCACUCCGAGCCCGCCGUCCCUGGACCACCCGGAGCCCCCGGAGCCCCUGGAGCCAACGGAGAGCCUGGACCCGCUGGAGCUCACGGAACCCCUGGAGGACCUGGACAGCCUGGAGGCCGUGGAUUCCCCGGACAGCCCGGAGAGCCCGGACACCCUGGAGAGAAUGGAGCCCCCGGAGGCCCUGGAGGAGAUGGACACCCCGGAGAGCGCGGUAUCUGCCCCAAGUACUGCUCCCUGGACGGAGGCAUCUUCUUCGAGGAUGGAACUCGCCGU